AUGAAGCCCGCCGGUUCUGCCCAAUGUGAGGUCAUCAUUGAUGAUGCUCGUUUGGAGGAUGUCUCUCUUCAUCCAUUCCUAGUCUCUACCUCUCGAGGCUUUUUACCCUUGAGAAACCCGCUGGUUACCCUGCCGAAGGAGUUCAAUGCCUUAGAAUCACUGUUGCAGCGUAUGCCAAUAAAGACUGCCUCGGGCGAACCGGGCCUCCUAGCAGAUGGCAAGCUUGGUGAUGUGGUUGAUAAGGAGUUACCUGAUCUCACUGCUCAAGUAGAUCUAUACAGGGAUAAUCUUCAUGUAAUAACCGCCUUGUAUCGAGAUUACUCCUUUCUCGCUGAGGGCUACCUCCUAGAGCCAUGCCAUAAACGUUUUAUGGAAAGUAGUGAAUACGGGAUUGGGCGGCCCUUUUUGCCCAAACAGAUCUCGCGGCCAUUUAAACGAAGAGCUGGCUUUAAGCCGUAUCUCGAGUUCAGCUCAUACGUACUGCUCAAUUACCGCUUAGAGAACCCCGCAGCCGGCCUUGAGUUCUCCAACCUGCGCCUCAUCCGAGCUUUUGAGCAUGGCCUUGACCCGGCAUCAUCUGAAUCGGGAUUUAUCCUGGUGCAUCUCACUAUGGUGAAACACUCAGGGCCCCUUGUCCAAGGCGUCCUGAAGGCGUUUGAAGCUGCAUCACAUGGAGCCACUUGCGGCGGUACCAUCGAACAGAGGAAGCUGCUCAAUGAAGGCCUCUCAACACUUGUUGAUGCCUUGGCAAAGUUGAACUCCCUUAUGAAGAUAAUAUACCAGAAAUCAAAACCAGCAGAGUAUAACAAUUUUAGGACCUUCAUGUUUGGAAUCACUUCUAAUUCCAUGUUUCCCGACGGGGUCGUAUAUGAGGGCUGCAAUGACAACAAGCCCAUGUUCUUCCGUGGAGAGACCGGCGCUAACGAUGCAAUGGUGCCACUCAUGGACUACUUCCUUCAGAUUCCCAUGCCUGAUACGCCUCUUACAGUGAUCCUUGAUGAGUUCUCAGAAUACCGUUCUGACAAACAUAAAGAUUUUCUCAAUUUCGUGAAACAACGUGGACGAGAAUUGGAUAUCAAAGGAUUUGCCCUCAAUGGAGUCGGUACUGCCGGAUCUGAGGAUGUUAGAGACGCUCUCCGUGAAUCUAGGGGCUUGUGGCUCCAGAUCCUUGACCAGGUGCGUGAGUUCCGUUGGCGCCACUGGAACUUGGUCAAGGAGUAUAUCCUUAAACGAUCCGACCAUCCUACCGCAACAGGAGGCAGCCCAAUUGUAACGUGGCUGCCAAACCAACUGGAAGCAGUCCUUGACUGCAUGAUCCAGGUGUACGCGGCAGCGUUGGAAGCCGACAAUAGAGGCCUUGGGAGAACUUGUGACAGCAUCAUGGAGGUUGCUUUGAGACAAAAAGAAACACUGAAAAAAGAAGUCGAGAAAUACUGUGCCGAGCGUGGCUGA